AUGUCGCGCCAUCUAUUAAAUUGGUUGCCCAUUACCUCCGGUUCGAUAGUAGUAAGUUUUACUGAAGCUGACUUAGUGUACGGAAUACAGAAUUUCCAAAAAACUGUAGAUCUACAGUUAAAACUGUAGGGUUGGCUACACUGGUUGCGAACAGGCUCGGUUUACCUCAUGCCAAUGUUGCCAGGUCUGGUGAAAAAUCACCAGAUCUGGUGAUUUUUAGACCACUCUGGUGAUAUGGUGAAAACUCUUUUGAAAACUCCUAUUUCUGGUGAUUUUUAGGACUGGCCUAUUUAUAAAUUUAAAUUUGUAUUCAAAAGAAAUCUACUGUUUGUCAGUAUACAUAAAGUAUAUAAUUAUAUAAAGAUACGUGACUAUAGCGUUUUACUUAAGAAGGUUCCGUGGGCGCCGCCGGCAUCUUAUCUGGGCAAGUUUUUUUUUUAUUGCAAAGUGUUGUUUCUGAUCAACUUAAAGAAUAACUGCGAAAUAUGGACAAAUUUGUAAUCAGGAAAAACAAGAACCUGUUACUUGUCCAUGUCCACAUUCACUACAAGCAAGCCUAGCAACGUUGAUGCAAAAGAACAAGAUGAAGCACAUGACUCUGACUCAGCUUCUGAUUCUGUGCUUGACGAUGGAAAUUUAGAUAAGUCUUCACGUUUAAUAAAGAAAAAGAAGUUAUACGAUCAUAAAUAUAAAGCCGCAAAGGAGAAACAUGAAGAUUUUGGGAAAUGGAUCAAGCCGAGCUCUCAUGGUAUUCAUCAUUUUAAUUGUAAAAUAUGCAAUAAAGACUAUAUAGGUAGUGUAGCUGCAGUCAAAAAACAUAGUUUAUCAAAAAAACAUAUCGACAAAAUGAACGCAAUGCGUAGCCAAUCAAUUUUGUCAAAAAAAGUAUUUUCUAUUCCGUCUGAUAAAAUAAUUAAACAAAAUAAGAUUAGAAUUGCAUCAUUUAUUGCGGAGGAUAAUAUUGCUAUUAACAUUUCUGAUCAUUUCACUGAACUUGUCAAAUCUAUUUGUUUAUCUGAUAUGGAACCUAGCCAAGUUUCAAAAAUGUCUUGUGACAGAACAAAAUGUACAGUAAUUAUUAAUAAUGUUAUAGGAAAGGCAAGCUUUGAACACCUUAUUUUAGAGUUAAAAGUUAAAAAAUUUCUUUGAUGGUUGAUGAAUUGACAUAUAUUUUCUCAGAAAAACAUUUAGCCCUAGUAGUUACAAUAAUAAAGAUAAAAGAUAAAAGAUGAAUUUCUUGGACUCGUAUUAGUCGAGACAGCAACUGCACAAAAUCUAUAUAAUGUUAUAGCAAAUUUUUUUGUAGAAAAUAAUAUUCCUUUUAAAAAUAAUUUAGUCGGAUUUGCAGCUGAUGGGGCAAAUACAAUGAUGGGGGCGCAUAAUUCACUAAAAACACUUUUAGUUAAUGACAUCCCUGAUCUUUAUACCAUGAAAUGGAUUUGUCAUUCUCUUGCAUUAUGUGCUUCUUUUGCUUGUGAAAAAUUGCCAGAUGAUCCAGAGAAGCUAGUUAGAAGUAUUUAUUCAUAUAUGCAUCGCAGUCAUAAAAGACAAUCAGAAUUGCGUAAAUUUCAAUCAUUUUUUAAUAUUAAACCUCAUAAGCUGUUGCAUGCUUCACAAACAAGAUGGCUGUCAUUGAUUUCCGCUGUUUCUAGAAUCCUUGAACAUUAUGAUGCUCUUCAGCAUUACUUUAGAGACGAAGCAUCCGAUAAAGUAUCAGGAGCAGACGAAAUCAAUAGUAUGCUAAACAACCCAUUAAAUAAAAUAUACCUGUUCUUUCUUGAAUAUAUAUUACCAACUUUUACGAAUUUAAAUUUAGAAUUCCAGUCAGAAAAACCAAAAAUAUGUAACAUUUACCCCCAAAUGUUGAGCGCCUGUAAAUUUUUAUUAAGUUGUUUCCUAAAACCGGACUACUUAAUUAAUAAAGAUUUAGAAUAUAUACAAUAUCAUAAUCCGGAAAAUUUUCUUUCAAUUGAUGAAAUUUAUUUGGGUCCCAAAGCAGCUGCAGAACUGACUAACAUGGAUUAAAAGAAACAGUUAGAAAUAAUAUUAAAACAAAAUGUCUGAAUUUUUAUAUUGAGGCAGUUGAUCAGCUACACAAACGAUUUCCUUUCAAUUCUCGUGAAACAAAAAUUCUUCAGUUACUCACUAUAUUGAGUUCUCCAAAUAUCAAAACAACGGAAAAUAUAGCACCUUUAGCCUUUUGGUUUCCAAAUCUUGUUAACGAUAUUAAGACUCUAGACAGAGAAUUUAGGCAUUUGAAAUUUUCAAAUUUUGAUUUUUCUUUAGAUGAGACUGAAUUUUGGAAAGAAGUGUGCAAUGCGAAAAGAGGUGGUAAUAGUCUUAUUUUUCCAGAGCUUGAAAACCUUGUAAAUGUCUUAUUUACAUUACCCCACAGUAGCGCAAGUGUGGAAAGAUUAUUUUUUGAAAUCAAUUUGAAUAAAACAAAAAUGCGAAACAAAUUAGGCUCCAAAACAAAGAGUGGAAUCUUACACAGUAAAAAAUUAAUUUCUCUAAAUGCUGUUUUAACUUUUCUGUAACUGAAGAUAUCAUUAAUCGGCACAAUAAUAGCAUGUAUAAAUAAAUUUUGAUAU